AUGUCCGAUCAGGCGAUCCUCCGUAUUACCAGGGAAAUCAAACAAAUCCAGCAAGGCGCAGACCUCUCACUCGCUGUAUCCUAUGAGGACUCUGACGUCCGGCACGUUCGCGCUCUCAUUCUUGGGCCCCCGGACACUCCCUAUCAGUUCGGCUUUUUUGAGUUCCUGAUCAAGUUUGGAAGAGAGUACCCGACGGAACCUCCAACUGUUCGUGCUUUGACGACUAAUCGCGGUCGAACUCGAUUCAACCCGAACAUCUAUGCUUCUGGCCGGAUUUGCCUGUCAAUUCUUGGAACCUGGCGUGGUGAGCCUGGAGAGCAAUGGUCCUCUGCGCAGUGCUUGGAGUCCAUUUUGAUCUCAAUCCAGAGUCUGAUGUCGUCCAAUCCAUAUGAGAAUGAACCUGGAUAUGAAAACUCAAAUUCACCGGGUGACAAACAAAACAUGGAGAAUUAUGUUGCUAAGAUACGCCAUGAAACCCUCCGCCUUGCGGUUAUUGAGCCCUUGGAGUCAUCAUUGAAUAUUGUGCCAGAGAGGGAUAUGGAUUCACUAGCCGGCAGACCAUCUGAAAGCGAUGACCAACUUCUUUAUGAAGACAGGCCCUCCUUUGAACCGUUUGUAGACUUCCGCAAAAGACGAUUCCUGUGGUAUUACGAGCCCUACAUGCAAUCUAUCGCUGCUGCAGAGGCAGAACACUCCCGCAAAGCCAAAUUCCAGAGGAUGCCUUUUGAGGCAAACGGCAACGGCAUGGACGGUCACUUCGAUUAUACCGAGCUGAGACGGCGAAUGGUCGUGAUCAAGGACAUGAUUCUCGACGAAACUCAUAAUUGGGCCGGGGAGGGGCUGAUAGCCAAAGAGCAAGAGCGUGGAAUAGCAGCGAGUCUGCAGCGUCAGUACGAGCAAAUUGUUGAAAGUCUCAAGCGCCAGAAAAACAUCACGGUUAAUCUACACCUUCUGGGCGAAAACCCAUUCAAGUGGAAGCUCACAUAUUUCGGGCGGCCCAUGACACAUUUGGACGGUGGUAUGUUCAACGUCUUGAUAUAUCUAAGCCCCCGUUUUCCUGAAGAACAACCUCGCGUUUUCAUGGAGACUCCCUUUUACCAUAUCCGCGUGUCCAAAGAACAAGUCCUUUGCUAUAUCCCUAAGCGGACCGAUGACAUGCGUUAUCACGUCGAAGGAAUCAUUGCGUCGCUGGAAGAGGAACAUCCGCCCUUCGAUCCCCGGACCACUGUGAAUCCCGAGGCAACCAAGUUGUUCUGGGGUACACCAGAAGACCGAAAGAAGUACAAUCGGGAGUUGCGACGAGCAGUAGAGAGGACUCUGUAA